AUGAAUUAUUCAGAUAGUAGCAGUGAAGAUAGUUGUGGUCCAGUAUUACCCAUAGGGCUAUCAACAACACACUUAACAGAUCUUAGUGGCAAAUUACAACCUAUAACUCAGAAUGUAUUCCAGGGUGAAAUACAAGAAGAUGAGUUUAAUCUUCCUUACAAAAUGAGAUAUACAACCUUAUUGGCUAGAUGUGAUGAAAUACUAAAGAAACAAACGGACAAUAGUAAAAAAUUGAAUGUCACAGUUAAGGCAAUAAGGAAGAAUCGUAAAACCAUGCUCAAUGUACAAAAAAUAGCUAAUCAAAUAGGUCGGGAUGUAGAUCACUUAAAAACUUUUAUACUAAAUAGGUUAUAUUCUACAGGAACUCUUAAUGAAGCAGGGUUUUUGAUAAUAGAUGGUAAGUAUUCACAAGGAGAGUUAGAAAGUGAAGUACAAAACUUCAUAGAAAAUUUUGUAAAAUGUAAAAGUUGUAAUAACGAAGAUUCUACUGAGAUUAUUAGAGAGAACAGAUUAUUUUUUAUUAGAUGUUGUAAAUGUAACGGUAAUGUUUGUAUUGGAAGUUUUGUUGAAGGAUUAAAUUCAAGAAAGAAACAAUAA